AUGGAGAUGUUAGAGGAGAAUAUGGAAGUUGUGGAAUCAACGAUCCAAGUAGAUGAUAAAUGGUCAAGAGAAUUGGUAGCCGAAUCUAUUUACAAAGAGAGGUGUAUUCCUAUGAAUAAUGGCUCGAGCUGGGCCAAAUACAUGUCGAUUUCUGGUCCACCUGAUGAUCAAUAUGAUAUCAUCACUUUACAAUAUAUUGAGGAGGGUUUAUUAUCUGUAGAUGAGAAUAGAGAAGGUCGCGCCACCACAUUUGGAGAUGAUAUUGCUGUCGAAUGUCUUGCAACAGAGUUCAAUCGCGAGAUAUAUGUAGUUCAAGCACAUGGAUCGGAUGCCAUGGUCGACGAAGACAACUGUGUUUUCUUCCUCCCAUAUCGUCCGAGGAGUGAAAUAUGUGAACCUCCUUUCUAUUCACCUAAUGUUUCAGGUUGGUGUGGUGCGGGUGCCGAUCAUUACAAACCAUUGAUUGCCCAUGCUUCUUCGCUUGUUUCUCCGGAGAUGGUCGUUCUCGUACUGGGGCAAUGAGUUGAGUCCUACAGUUUUAUGGCGUAGAGGUUCAGAGUAGAAGUAGUUCAUUAUUUUUCACCCCCAAGAUUUGGCAUGCAAUGUAAUGUAGCUCUCUCGCAAUCCUUUUGUAGGAGAAUUUCAUCGCAUUGCA